CUGAGGCCCCCUGUCGGGAUCAGAACCGCCUUUCUAUCCCGAAACAAAAACCUCCUGUCGACCAAAAUAGGCAUUAAAAACAAAAUCCAGGUGUCGAAAAUCUUCAUCAGCUUAGUUUUGAAAAUGGCACACUUUGGUCCUUUAUUCUAUUCUGCACCCCGCCCCACCCCCACUUCUGAACUGUUUUUUAACUUACACUAGCUGCCCAGUCCAUAUAUUUCAUUAACUGGACAGGCAAUUAUAGGAAGUCGCUUAGAAUGUAUUACAGACGUCAAGGGAAAAGAGAGUGGAGAGCCCUCACGUCUAAAGCAUCAUUUCCUUAUGAAUUCUGUAUUGAGCAUUUCGUCAGUGCUUUGCAAGGCGCUUGGACUGCAAAUGCAAAUCCAGGAUCUGGUGAUUUUGCAAAGGAACGUGAACAGCCAAGAUGAAAACCCCUGCUUCCUUUACCUGAGAUGUGACCCUCCUGGAGGUGAAGAAAUCGUUUCUAUUGGCAUUUUAAGUUCAGCAAGAAAUAUGGAAGUAUACUCAGGAGAGGAGUACUGUGGAACCAGUAGGGGCAAGAAUGUUUGUAAUGUUCUGGAUAACAGUGAACAUGAAAAGAUUAUUUUGUACAAAAAAUAUCUAAAAUUGGAGUCUUCCACACAUGCUUGUAAAGUAAAGCUGCUCUCCUUUGGUGAAAAGCAGUGUGUGUUCAUCAGUAAAGUUGUGGUACAUGUGAGGCCAGUUUCAGCAAAUUCUUCAGCAGGCUCUCCUGCUCUAGGAUCAAGGAUAGACCUGGAGAGGGUCCAAACCAUCAUGGAGUCCAUGGGGUCAAAGUUGUCAUCUGGAGCUCAGCAAUUGAUGAAUAUGGUUAUUUUCCAGCAACAGAAUUGUGUUCCCAUUGGAGAGCAGCUUCAGUCAGUUUUGGGGAGCGCUGGAUACAAGCACAUGAUGGGACUGCAAUCAUCAUCUGCUUCAGGUGCCUUCGACAAGUCAUCCUCCACACCUUUCCCUUCCAGAACUGGAUUGACAUCUGGAAACAUGACUGAAGACUUAAAAGCUUACGUUGAUAAAAGUACACAGCCAGCUGGUGGAGGAAAUGUGACAAGCCUCCAAGAGUGUAAAAUUGUGCCACAAAACCAUUCUCUUCCUGAUCUUAAGAAUGCAGUAUCUUCUUUCUUACCAAAGAAAGCAAGUGACAACUCACAUAUACCUAACUCUGAGUUGCUGCCUUUUCUGCAGAAUCUGUGUAGUCAAGUGAACCAUCUCCGUGUGGGACCCAACACCAAGUGGCAGGAAAGCAUCACCAAGCCCGGCGAAGGCACUGUUGGUGUUACAAUGGAAGAGCAAUCCAUUUGUUCCUACUUGGAAAAGAUUCUUUCUAAAAAUAUGGAACUGAUGGAAAAGAAACUUAUGGACUACAUUGAUCAACGAAUAUAUAAACUCCAGGAGCACAUAGAUAAUAAGAUUGCUUUGUUAGUGGACUUGCUGCAAAGUCCCAACUCCCCACCCUCUGGCAUGCCUUUAAGACAUUUUGACUCUGGAGAAAGACUUUCAAAUGGAGAAAGAUAGCACUGAACAUGUUCAAAGUACUACAGAUAUUUAUUACAUAUUUAUUACAAAGCCAAACCCCCAAAAAAAGUUUAUGAAAAGCAGGUAUUUAAUGUCCUUUGAAAUAUUACCACUUACUUAAAGUGACCUCAGUGUUCAUUUUUACUGCACUCGUGAAUCCAGUACUGUACACUGAGUUAACAUAAUAGGAUCAGAAGUUAUUUUUGUUUGCAAUAUUUUUCACUCUCAGUGAAAUUUAUGUAUACUUCUGGAUUAACUGUUUAAGAUUUUAAGGAUUUCUAAAGCAGUUCAUUAGUUUGUAUUGUAUAUGUGUUUCAUAGAAGUACAUUUUUUAUUUAUACAAAGACUAUAUAGUCUUCGGCGUCUGAAAAAUAAUGCUUAGAGUAUUUGAUAAUUUUUCUUUUUCUAAUCAAUUGUUUUUGGAAAAUUGGAUACUUAAGACCUUUAAUUCAAAUCACUAGUUUAUAUUUUGUAUUGUUUAUCUCAGAUAAUGAACAAGGUGCAGUGUUUGGCAUGUGUAAAAUUAGUUUACACUGAGGUUAAUAUUAUUUGUUUCAGUACAGUGUAGCAGUAGAUAGGGAAGUAAAAAUCACAACUAGCCUACUCCUUGUUAGGAAUAUUAUUUUAGAUUUAAUGUUUGAUGUAAAGUGAGAGAAGUCAUCUUGUUUUAUCUCAGUCAACCCAGAAAACAUAAGGAACUAUUUCCCUUUCUGAGCUGAUACAGGUUCCUCUUUCCAGAACCUUCUUCUAUAUGUUUAAAGUGUGAAAUUCUGAGGUUCUGCUUUGAAGGGUUAGACAUAUGAAUCAAGGAGGUUGCAAUUCUCUCAGGCAGACUUAAUUUUUGGAAAUUGUAACUAUUGUAUAUGUGUUGAAGGGUGAUGUAUUUGCAUUUAAAAAAUAAAUGUAUCCACUCUGGAAACUACUUG